UUCUUUAAUCAUUUUAUCAGGAUAGCUGUGAGCGAACAAAAGUUAUUUCCGGGGAAACAGUCUUUGUUAGCUACUUGUGUGGCUGUCUAUUAUAAUCAUCGAGGCACGUACGAUUUAAUUUUCCAAUCAGAUAACAACUCGGCACGACCUACAGCUUAUCUACAAUCAAGUCAAGUUUUCUGCCUCAAAUAAUAUUUUAAGAUUCACCUGCACAUUUAGCACAAUGUCCUCAAAGAGCGGUCAAGCACCGACUAUGGAGUCAUUAGGCCUUAAGGAGUCUGGGCUCAACUUCCCUACCAGUGCAAAUAGAGUCAUCAACUUUCCACCAGAUGUAAUCCGACAAGACGCCUUAGAUACGCGUGUUGUCGUACACGACCGCUUCCCUGAGCUUGUUGAACGUUUUCUAGCUCAUAAGCGCGAACACGGAAGUUCUAUAGAAAAGCAGCUAUACGGUCCAAAUUGGACCUGGCCGCAACAAGUAAUGAGACUUAUCGAGAAGCGACCCCUGUCUUUUGUCGGUCCAAACGACUCAACUCUACUACGUACCGGACAAUCAUUUCAAAUGGGGACCAGGUUCUGGGAUUCAAUAGGCGCUGAAGGCACACCUUAUGAGCCUCUUCAAGAAUAUUUGACCUACGAUGAGAUCAUGCUUGGUAGUUUGAUAGCAGUCAGCAGUCCAAGCUACUUUAUUAACGAUGGCGCCCGGCAUAACAAUGCUAGGCCCCAGGAGGCUGGAACAUUUGAGCCUAGGGGAAUCAUUAUAGGAUUAGUUGGACCGCGGUUUGAGCGGUUAAUGCAUAUGGACGCUAACAUUGUCUUAGACGGUGUGGUAAAGAAACAACAACAUCCCCAACUCACCAGGAUAUUUUUGGAUUUCCUUGGUCUCGGGGAAAGAUCAGAAUUACUGAGAAAAACGUUCUCUGUAAGAGCCUAUACCCAGCGUAUACGCAUUAAUGCCGACAUCCUGCUUCUCGAGGCGAAUGAACGCGCAAGGGCUGUAGGCCGAAACGCGUACGUCUACGUCGUAGGCCUCGGCCUCGGUGCAUGGCUAUACGAUCCGUUGCAGCCAGAGCUCUUCAUAACUGCUUUCCAAGAGUCAUUGAUGACUCUAGGACCGAAGCUGACAAAUAUUGGAACACUCGACUUCGCAUGGAUUCCAGUGUCAAGGACGAUCCAGGAACAGAUCGCUGGUAUCACAUUGGGUUUAGGCAUUACUGUCAGAUUCUCGAAGCGUAAUCCUGCUGAAAAGUUGGAAGACAACAAGGCAAACCAGCUUCUCGUCGUAUCCUACGCGUGGGAUGGUAACUCAUUUCCGGGCAACGAAUAUUGGGAGGGAGAUCUAAAUGGCAGUGGUGAUCCUGCAGCAGCGUGUAUGAGUACAAUCGCUGAGCUACAUAAUCCUCUGGUCAACCCGAACUUUACCAGGCGAAUAUUCGUAGUCGACAGCUCAGGGAAGCGAAGAAAGCAGAACGAUCCAUACUAAACUUCAUACAAGGGC